AUGCCCCUUGCCAACAGGUCGGAGAAGGGCUCUCUGGCCAAUAAGAUCCUUAAGCAGUUGCCUCUGGCUGAUAAGACUGCAGUCUGGGGCACUUUGGGGACCAUUCGGCCGCUCCUGAGCUUUGAAGUGGAGCAAGAUGUCCAGUCUUUCCUCGAUGCCAUCGCAGGCGAAGCUGUCGACUACAGAACCAUAACCCACCUACUCACCAACAGGACCAACAGGCAGAGACAGCAAAUUGCCGAAGGGUUCCAGGCCUUUACUCAACAGGAUCUGCUGAAGAGCCUGCAGGCUGCCGUAUCUGGGAACUUGGAGACGGCGCUGGUGGGACUCCUGAAACCAGCAGCGCAAUACGAUGCUCAUGAGAUCAAGCUGGCUAUGAAGGGAUACUGGGUCGCCCACUCUUCGUAUCUGCCGGGUCCAGAUGGAGCCACUCUGGCCGAAAUCUUCUGCACUCGGACAAACCAGCAGCUUCAGGAGAUCUUGGAUUUUUAUAAGCACGAUUUCAAAUCGGACUUAGAGACGGAAGUCGCGUCUGGCCCCAGCGGCUGUUUUAAAGACCUCCUGCUUGCGCUGAUCAAGACCAGCCGGGAGAAAUACUCCGGGGUCAUUGACUACGUCUUGAUCGAAGAAGAUGCCAAGGCUCUCGUGAACGCGGGCGCUGGCUACAUCGGCAGGACGGAUGAGAGGAAAUGGAUCAAGAUCCUCGCCCAGCGCAGCCCUGAACAUCUCAACAGAGGAUUCCUUUCUCUCGCAGUAUUCAGCUUGUACCACAAGAUGACCGGGCUCCAGAUAGAGGAAGCUGUAGCGAAGUUCUUCCAGGGCAACGCCAAAGUGGGUAUCUUGACACUGGUCUCAGUCCUGAGGAACACCCCUCUCUAUUUCGCCAUCAGACUCCGCCAAGCAAUUAAGGGCCCAUCUGCCUGCCACAAAACUUUGAUCCGCAUCCUGGUUUCCCGCAGCGAGACCGAUCUCCUCAGCAUACGGGCGGAAUUCAGAAAGCAAUAUGGGAUGUCGCUCUAUUCGUUCAUCCGGGCUGAAACGCAAGGCCAGUACCGGGAUCUCUUGCUGGGUCUGUGCAGGGCAGAAGAUCUCUGAAACCCUCUGGCGAGGGACUGCGAUGGAC